AUGCCGGCGCGAAAGCCAUCAGCACCAUCGGCUCGCCCACCAGAGGAGCUUGACGAGCAGGCCCCCCUCUUAAGGGCGCAUGAGGCUGGCCAUGACGACCAACCCAAGAUAACUUCCCUUCUCCGCCACCGACUCUUGCUCCUUGUAUGCCUUUCCAUCAUAGCCGCUGACUUUGGCAACUACCUUGGCUAUGCCCCUCAUAUUGAAAUUCUCGAGUCCAUUAUCUGCCGCCAGGCUCGAGGGAGCAACUCGCUUGGGGUCGAUGACAACUGCAAGUCGCCUCAAGUGCAAGGAGAAUUAGCCCUGAUAAAUGGGUGGAAGGACACAUUUGACCAACUACCGGGAAUUCUCGUUGCGCUUCCCUAUGGGUUUGCGGCGGAUAGCAUAGGGCGUAAGCCCAUCCUGGCACUUAGCUUGGUUGGACUCAUUCUCGAAGAAACCGCAAUGCGACUAAUCUUCUUGUUUAAUUCUACCCUGCCGCUGCGGAUGAUUUGGGCGACGCCCGCUUUUCAGAUCAUAGGCGGCGGACCCCAAAUUGCGACCGCUAUGGCCUAUGCUAUGGUUACCGAUAUAGUACCAAGAGGAUCUUUGUUUAGGGCAUCCGUUUUCUUCAUCCUGUCUGCUGGGACUCUAUCGGGCGAAAUUUUCGCCACUCCGCUUGCUGCAUUCCUCAUGACGUGGAGCCCAUGGAUUCCUUCACUACUAGGUCUUUUGUUUCAGUGUUUAGGGCUGCUUGGAGCUGCUUUCAUCUCCGAUGUGUCUUUCAACUCAGUGCAAUGCAAUGAACAACGCAGCCUAGAGGAGCAGGAGGACGGCCAGGAAGAACGGCAUACUUCGACCUUGGUUCACGAUACAACUUGUAUGCGUUGGAAAAAUGCUAUGCAGCAACAUUGGAACGACAUUCAAAAAGGGUAUACAGUAUCCUGGAACGCCAAUCUUUUCUACACUGUUUGUGCAUUUCUACUAGCAAGUAUCGGUCGCCAAGCACUACAGCUUAUGGUUCAAUAUGCCUCAAACCGCUUUUCUUGGAGUAUCGCGCGCGCCAGCUCACUCAUCACGCUGAAGGGUAUUAUUAAUCUCGUGCUUUUAUUGAUUAUUCUCCCUUGGCUUUCCGACUAUCUGAAUAAACGUUUACUUCUGUCACCUGCCGCUAAGGACCUCCGCAUUGUCCAAGGCAGUGUGUGGAUUCUAACUGUUGGCUCGACUAUCAUGGCUGUUUCUACUAAUCCGGUGGCAUUCAUAGUGGGCAUUAUCUUGCUCGCAUGUGGAUGGGGGUUCUACUCGGCCCUGCGAAGUUUGGCCAUGGAACUCGCAUCGCCAUCACAAGUCGGCAUUGUGAACACAGCUAUUGGGUUCGCUCAAAGUACCGGUUCCAUGGCCUCAGGGCCCAUACUAGCUGCCGCAUUUCGUCGGGGAAUGCAGGAGGAUGGGUUCUUGGUGGGAUUGCCGUAUAUUUUUGCGGCUGGUCUAUUCUUUCUAUCGGGUUGUUUCACAAGCUGUGUUCGCAUUCCCAAGAAAAGUGGCCCCUGA